AUGUUCUCUACGGCACCGCAGGUGGAGACGCCUCUUCCCAUACGGCAAAUGUUUGCCCUUGCAGUGGUGUUACUUAACGAAAGUUUUUGCGCUACGAUGCUCCUCCCGUACGUGGGACUUCUCGUCGCCCAUCUUCAGAAUCGACCACCCGAAGAAUCGGGUUACGUGUCUGGACUACUUAUUGGCGUGUUUAUGUUCGGGCAGGUGGUCAGUAGCAAGUAUUGGGGCUACCUAAGUGACAAGUACGGUCGUCGCGCCCCCCUUAUCUUUGGCCUACUGACCAGUGGAUUAAUGAUGCUUGGGUUUGGCCUCAGCACACACGUUUGGGUUUGUGUUGUGUUCCGUUUCUUUCAUGGACUUUUCAAUGGCAAUGUUCUCGUGGCGAAAACGGUGCUUGCGGAUAUCUUGGAUAAGACGAAUGAGACUAAGGGGUUUACUUUGGUGAGCCUGACUUACGGAUUUGGAACGCUCAUAGGCCCAGCGGUGGGUGGUCUCCUCUACGACCCCGCAAACAGCAAGGCGAUGCAGUGGGCCGGCUUUAACAAAAAGGGAAUUUUUGCGCUUUUUCCAGGUCUCCUGCCAGCGUUGGUGGUGUUUUUUUACACCAUCUUUGCCGUGUUUGUGUGUCUUGUGUUUGUGAAGGAGACAAACCCAAGUGUCCAACCAUUGCCACGGUGGUUUAGUUUUUUGUUCCCGUGCUUGUGGGAAAAAAAACACAUUGCGUCGCCCUUGAGUGACCCCAUGGACGCUGUUUCUGAGGCCGUGACGGAGGUCAACACUGCCGAUGAGAGAAGGAGGAGCACGGUGAAGCCAGAAGGAGGGGCAAUAGCCAUGCGUAAAUUGCCCCAUGGGGCUGCGGCUCUGGGUAUGAAGCCCCUGGCAUUCGAAGGAGAAGUUGAGCAGGCAUCUUCUAUGGAUAACAUGGUGGCGUUGGAGAUGAAUGAAGAGAACAAAGCAGCAUCAGCGGCAGCAGAAGGGGAAGGGGGUAAUAGUAUAGUGGAGGAAGUGGAUGUCAAACCGUUUGGCUUCAAAGAGGCUUUUCUAGACCCCCUCAUAAGGGAUAUAAUGAUUGUCUUCAUGCUCCUUUCAGCCGCUGACAUGGCGUUUGGAGAAACAUUUCCUUUAUGGGCCAUUGCCAAGGCCUCCGCAGGCGGGCUUGACUAUAAUUCUGACGUUGUUGGGCUGUUUAUUUUGUCAAAUAGUCUGCCGUGUGUGGGGGCAAACCUCCUCCUUCACGUCGCCUGUCGUAUGGUGCCGGACAAGAUGCUUCUGUGGCGAAUAGCACAGUACCACAUGGCUUUUGCUGUGGGUUUGAUCCCGUUGGCAUCGUACACUCCAAGAGCCGGACAAGUCGCCGUGGUGCUUCUCUGUGGUUUCGUGCGGCAGUGGUUUGCCUCCUGGGCGUUUGGUCUCAUCACACUUUUUACUGCCCGGGUUGCCCCUCCUGGCUGUCUUGGCACAAUGUACGGCAUCAAUCAAUCAUGUGGAGCGAUGAUGCGGUGUGCUAUUCCAGUCAUGGUCACACCCAUCUUUGCCUGGUCCAUCUCGGGCAACCACCCCCCGCCGUUUAACCACAUGUUUGUGUUUGUCUUGUCCGGUGCAGUGUUUGCGGCGGCGGGCCUUCUUUCCAUUGGCAUCACAAUAGCAGAGCAUCCCUCUAUGGACGUUAUUGUGGAGGAAGACGACCUCCAUGGGCCUGUUGAGGGGGAUAUUCCUACCAAUGGGCGCCGCCACUCGUUUUUGUGGCAGCAGCACGGGGAUGAAGAAGGGGAUGAGGAAGCGGGGCCGCAGAAGGACGAGGGUCAGGUCGGGACUCCCAACUCUACCGGGAGGGUUUGUGUGAAAAGGGAGCCAGAAGAGUUGCAUCCCCCAGUGCACGACGGUUAA